AUGGGUGAAGUCAAGGAGAAGGAAAACAUAGAGGAUUCUCUGCUGUGGCCUCAGGACUCGCUCCAGAGGGAAAGUUGGAGGUAUGCGCAGCGUCCUGAAGGCUGCGUGUCAGGGCUCUGGAGUACAUUCAGGCCCUCUCUUCUGUCCUCCUACCUGCCUCCAGGCCAGACCACUUGGGGUGUCUCCAGUCCCAAGGAUGUGCAGGGCUUGAAGGGGUCUUGCCUGCUCAUCCCCUGCAUCUUCAGCUUCCCGGCCAGUGUAGAGGUGCCCGAUGGCAUCACAGCCAUCUGGUACUACGACUACUCAGGCAAGCGGCAGGUGGUGAGCCACUCGAGGGACCCCACCCAGGUGGAGGAGCGCUUCAGGGGCCGCGCUGAGCUGAUGGGGAACAUGGAUCACAAGGUGUGCAACCUGUUACUCAAAGACCUGCAGCUUGAGGACUCGGGCAACUACAACUUCCGCUUUGAGAUCAGUGAUGUCAACCGCUGGUCAGAUGUCAGAGGCACCAAGGUCACCGUGACAAAGGACCCCAGCGCUCCCACUAUUAUGGCCCCAAAGGAGCUACGUGAGGGCAUGGAGGCGAACUUCAACUGUUCUACGCCCUACGUGUGCCUACAGGAGAAGGCCAGCCUGCGGUGGGAAGGCCAGGACCCUUCUCAUUCUGUGACCUUCAGUCACCAGAGCCUUGAGCCCACUGGCGUCAGUCACCAGGAGACCCUGCAUAUGCCCCUAUCCUGGCAGGAUCAUGGCCGGGCCCUACGCUGUCGGUUCUCACUGGCCAAGCUCAGCAGUCAGAAAGAGGUCUACCUCCAAGUUCAGCAUGCCCCCAAAGGUGUGGAGAUCCUCCUCAGCUCCUUGGGAAAGAACAUCCUUCCAGGGGAUCUAGUUACGCUCACCUGUCAAGUGAACAGCAGCUAUCCUGACGUCAGUUCUGUGCUGUGGACCAAGGAUGGAGUGAGCCUCCCAGCCGGUGGCCGUGUGCUGCGGCUCUCCUCGGCAGCCUGGAAUGAUUCUGGGGUCUACACCUGCCAAGCAACAAAUGAUGUGGGCUCUAUGGUUUCACCCCCAGUUAGCCUUCAUGUUUUUAUGGUUGAGGUCAAGAGGAGCCCGGCAGGGCCCGUCUUGGAAAACGAGACAGUGACGCUGGACUGUACCAUCCCCAAAGAGGCACCCCAGGAGCUCCACUACAGCUGGUACAAGAACAACAUUCUCCUGGAAGAUGCCCACUCUCCCACCUUGCACCUACCUGCCGUCACCAGGGCCAAUGCCGGCUUCUAUUUCUGUGAGGUGCAGAACACCCAGGGCCGUGAGCGCUCUGGCCCCGUGAGUGUGGUGGUCAGAUAUCCACCCCUUGCUCCAGUCUUGACUACUUUCCUGGAGACACAGGCCGGGCUUGUGGGCAUCUUCCAUUGCUCUGUGGUCAGUGAGCCCCUGGCCACACUGGUGCUCUCACACGGAGGCCUCACGCUGGCCUCCAGCUCCGGAGAAAAUGACCUCAAUCCUCGCUUCAGCACGUCCUCCACCCCCAACUCCCUGCGCCUAGAGAUCCGAGACCUGCAGCCCGCUGACAGUGGGGACUACGCAUGUGCAGCCACCAACUCCCUUGGAAGCGCAACUUCCAGCCUGCACUUCCAUGCUAACGUGGCUCGGCUCCUCAUCAGUCCUUCAGCACAGGUGGUGGAAGGGCAGGCCGUGACUCUGAGCUGCAGGAGCGGCCUGAGCCCAUCAUCUGACGCUCGCUUCUCCUGGUACCUGAACGGGGCGCUACUUCUCCAGGGAUCCAGCAGCGACCUUCAGCUUCCUGCAGCCUCCAGCACGGAUGCUGGCUCCUACUACUGUGUGGCACAGAUUGGCCCCAGCACCAGCGGCCCCUCCCAGCCCGCCGUCCUUACUGUGCUUUACCCCCCAAGAAAGCCCACAUUCACCGCCAGGCUGGAUUUGGAUACCUCUGGUGUUGGGGCUAGCCGGCGUGGCCUCCUCUUGUGCCACGUAGACAGCGACCCCCCAGCUCAUCUGCAGCUUCUCCACAAGGGCCACGUUGUGGCCACUUCUCUUCCAUCGGGGUGUGGGAGCUGCUCCUCGCGCACAAAGGUCCGCAGAGCCUCCAACUCACUGCGUGUGGAGAUCCAGAACCCAGUAUUAGAGGACGAGGGCAUGUACCUGUGCGAGGCCAGCAACACACUGGGCAACUCCUCUGCCUCAGCCACCUUCAAUGCUCAGGCCACUGUCCUGGUCAUCUCCCCGUCGGACACACUGCGCGAGGGCACAGAGGCCAACCUAACUUGCAGUGUGAGCCAGGAAGUUUCUGUCAGCCCUGCCAACUUCUCCUGGUUCCGGAAUGGGGUGCUGUGGACCGAGGGACCACUGGAGACUAUAAGGCUGCAGCCCGUGGCCAGAACCGAUGCUGCCAUCUACGCCUGCCGCCUCCUCACAGAGGAUGGGGCUCUGCUCUCAGCUCCUGUGGUCCUAAGUGUGCUGUAUGCCCCGGACCCUCCAAAGCUGUCAGCUCUCCUGGAUGUGAGUCAGGGCCACAUGGCUGUGUUUGUCUGCACUGUGGACAGCCGUCCCCUGGCUCACCUGUCUCUAUUCCGUGGGGAGCAUCUCCUGGCCACCAACUUGGAACCCCAGCGUCCCUCCCUUGGCAGAAUCCAGGCCAAGGCCACAGCCAACUCCCUGCAGCUAGAGAUUCGAGAACUAGGUCUUGAGGACUCUGGAAACUACCACUGUGAGGCCACCAAUGCUCUCGGAUCAGCCAACAGUUCACUCUUCUUCCAGGUCAGAGGAGCCUGGGUCCAGGUUUCACCGUCACCUGAGCUCCAGGAGGGCCAGGCUGUGGUCCUGAGCUGCCAGGUGCCCACAGGGAUCCCCGAGGGGACCUCCUUCCAGUGGUAUCAGGAUGGCCGACCUCUCCUAAGUUCAACCUCAUCUACACUCCGCAUUGCGGCCAUAAGUCUGAGGCAAGCUGGUGCCUACCACUGCCAAGCUCAGGCUCCAGACACAGCUACCACCAGCCUGGCUGCCCCUGUCAGCCUCCAUGUAUCCUACACCCCACGCCAGGCCACACUCAGUGCCCUGCUAGGCGCAGGCCCUACACGACUCGGCCUCCUGGUCUGCAAUGUCCACAGCGACCCUCCAGCUCAGCUGCGGCUCUUUCACCGGAAUCGCCUCGUGGCCUCCACCCGACGAGGCUCAGAGGAACUGGCGAGCAGCGAUUCGCGGCUGCGUGUGACUGUGAGCACCAAUGAACUGCGUCUGGAGAUCAACUUUACGGGACUGGAGGAUGAUGGCCCCUACAUCUGUGAGGCCACCAACACGCUGGGUCAGGCCUCCGCUACAGCCGAUUUCGAUGCUCAGGCUGUGCGCGUGCAGGCGUGGCCCAAUGCCACUGUACAGGAAGGUCAGCAGGUCAACCUGACCUGCUUGGUGUGGACUGCCAAGCAGGCCCCGCUCAGCUACACAUGGUACAAGGGUGGGCAACAACUCCCUGGUGCCCGUUCCAUCUCCCUGCCCAAUGUCACAGUCAUAGAUGCCACCUCCUACCGCUGCGGUGUGGGACCCCCUGGCCAGGCACCUCACCUCUCCAGACCUGUCACCCUGGAUGUCCUCUAUGCCCCCCGAAGCCUGCGACUGACCUACCUCCUGGAGACGCAGGCCAGGCGGCUGGCCCUGGUGCUAUGUACGGUGGACAGCCGCCCACCCGCCCAGCUAGCUCUCAGCCACGGCGGGCGCCUGCUAACCUCUUCAUCCGAAGCCUCUGUCCCCAACACCCUGCGCCUAGAACUUCGGGACCCGAGGCCUAGUGAUGAGGGUCUCUAUAGCUGCUCUGCCCACAGCCCAUUGGGCAAGGUCAACACCUCCCUGGAGCUUCGCCUAGAAGGUGUCCGAGUGAAGAUGGCUCCUUCUGCUACUGUGUCCGAGGGGGAACCUGUCACAGUGACCUGCGAGGACCCUGCUGCCCUCCCACCCACCCUCUAUGCCUGGUUUCACAAUGGCCGCUGGCUUCAGGAGGGGCCAGCUCCCUCACUCCAGUUUCUGGCGACUAUGCGGGCUCACGCCGGCGCCUACUCUUGCCAGGUGCAUGACACUCAGGGCACACGCGGCUCCCGACCUGCCACCCUGCGAGUUCUCUAUGCCCCUCGGGAUGCUGUCCUGUCUUCCUUUCGGGACUCGAGGGCCAGGCUCACGGUCAUGAUACAGUGCACUGUGGACAGCGAACCACCUGCUGAGCUGGUCCUAUCCCACAACGGCAAGGUGCUAGUUGCCAGCCAUGAGCUUCCCAGCUCUGCAUCAGGGACAGGCCACAUCCAGGUGUCCCGAAAUGCUCUUCGACUGCAGGUGCAAAGCGUGACCGGAGGCGAUGACAGUGUCUAUGUCUGUACAGCCCGAAAUGCACUGGGCUCCAUCACUACCACGCAGAAGCUCCCGGGGGAGACUGACAUACAUGUGGCAGCUGAGCCAGGCUUGGACGUGCCAGAGGGCAUAGCCCUAAACCUAAGCUGCCACCUCCCUGGUGGUGCCAAGCCCACGGACAACUCUACCAUCACAUGGUUCUGGAAUCGCCAUCCGCUACGUACACAGCCUGUGCCCACACUUUCCUUCACCCAUGUGUCCCGGGCUCAGGCUGGGCUGUACCACUGCAGGGCCGAACUGCCCACCGGGGUCACUACCUCUGCUCCUGUCAUGCUCCGUGUCCUCUAUCCUCCCAAGACGCCCACUCUGACAGUGUUUGAGGAGACUCAGGGUGGCCUCCAGGGCAUCCUUGACUGUCGAGUGGACAGUGAGCCCCCGGCCAGCCUCACCCUCCACCUGGGCAGUCAACUCGUAGCCUCCAACCAACCUCAGGGUGUUCCCACCAAAGCCCACGUUCAUUUUGCCUCCCCGAAUGCCUUGAGACUGGACAUAGAGGAACUCGGAGCCAGCACUCAGGGGGAGUACGUGUGCACUGCCUCCAACAGCCUGGGCUCUGCCUCAGCCUCAGCCUCCUUUGGGACCAGAGCUCUGCAGCGGCUGCAGCUGUUCCAGCGGCUGCUCUGGGUCCUGGGAUUUCUGGCAGGCUUCCUGUGCCUGCUGCUGGGCCUGGGAGCCUGGCACACCUGGAGAAGGAGGCAUUCUCAUAAGAUGAACGUGAACGAGAACUCAGCAGAGAUGACCACCCAUAAAGACACCCUGCAGCUCCUAGGACUGGAUGCAUCCACACAUGAGACAUCAUCUUGUGUCACCUCCCUGAGCUGAUGGACUUACCUGCCCUCAGGAGGAGGUGGUUGACGCUGUCUGACAACUCAGGUGUUGUGAUCAAAGUCCUGCCUAUGUCUGCACCAGCAGCACGGUAACAUCUGACUUUCCAAGACCUGUUUCCAAGCCUCUCG